AUGGCGCAACCCAAUAUCCCCUUGGACACUGCGUCAGUUAUCUCGACCGUGCUAGAGGGGAUACUGUACGGGUUCUCCGUGCUCAUGUUUAUAGGAACCUUAUGGGCCCUGGUUCAACGAAACAUGAGUGGUGCCGUCAAGCGCAGGAUGAUCGUCAUAGCAUACUCAUUGCUCUUAUUUAGUACUGCGCAUAUUAUAAUUGACAUCAUCCGGACAGAAGAAGGUCUGGUACAGCAGCGGGACACGUUUCCCGGUGGCCCCGUCGCAUUUUUCGCCGACGUCGCACAAUGGAGUUUCGUUUACAAGAACUUGCUGUAUACGUUGCAGACAUUGGUCGGGGAUGGUGUCGUGAUUUACCGGUGUUAUGUGGUCUGGCAAUCUUGGUAUAUCACUAUCAUUCCAGGUUUACUGUGGCUCUCUGUCGCAGGCACACCAGGCACCGGGAUAGGAAGCGUCUUCUCAAUCUCACGAGCGACAGUGAACAAAGAGAACAUUUUUGCACCAGGUACCGGACCAUGGAUCACCUCAUUCCUUGGUGCAACUCUGCUCGCGAACCUCGUGAGCACAUCCCUGCUCGCCUAUCGAAUUUGGAGCAUAGGGAGGCGGGUGUCGAAUACGGCUUCGGGGACAGGCGUCCUACGGCCUGUUCUACGCAUCGUACUUGACGCCGGCGUCUUAUACUCGAUAUCACUCCUGGCUGCCCUUAUAUGCUUCGUCACCAAAAACCACGGACACUACAUCCUGUUAGACAUGAUCAUGCCUAUCAUCUCUAUCACCUUCUUCAUGGUUAUAAUCCGCAUUAGUCUCAACGCAAGCUCCUCCCCCAGCGAAGAGCGGCUAGAGCCCUCUGAAAGCGUAUUCAGCACGUUCAUCACCCGACAUGGCCGCACCGCCUAUGAUGACCAGGAGCAGCACCCAAUGAAGAGAAUGGAGGUUCACAUCACUCAACUGACCGAGCAUGAUGAAUUCGGCCCUGCC